GGGAGGAGGAGGAGGGUGGCGCCUGGCAGGCCCCUGGCUCGGCGUCACGAGUCACCUAAGCCCUGUCCGCCGCCCCGGCGCCGCGCCCUUCUGCUGCGCGAAGUCCUUUUAAUCCCGAUUUACUUGCAGAGACACCCCUUUUGCCGGGCCACGGCGCGCACAUCCCAACUCUGGAGUGCAGCUCUAGGGCGCAGAGGACCCUGGCGCGCAGACGCCGGACAGACCCCUGGGAGGGGACUCUGCCUCUCGUCGUCCUCUCCACCCUGCUGGGGACAGCUUUGGAGAAGCUUGGACUUCCGGGGUUGGUUCUUGCACCGAGGGGCCUUGCUGCACCAUUGCCUGGCUGCAGCACUUUAAACUUUCUUUUUAAAACUUUUUUGGGGUGUGUGUGAUCGCUGUAUUCCUUCCCCUCCCUGUCCCACUGCUGCUUCGACUGCCCAGUUGCUCCUUCCCCUCGCCCCGCCUUCCAGAUGCUUUGGAGUCAUGAGCCGGGAGGGCAGGGGGACCCCUUUGGUGGCCGAGGUGAUCAAAGAUCGCCUUUGUUUUGCCAUUCUCUACAGCAGACCAAAGAGUGCAGCAAGCGAACAUUAUUUCAGCAUAGAUAAUGAACUUGAAUAUGAGAAUUUCUACGCAGAUUUUGGACCACUCAAUCUGGCAAUGGUUUACAGAUACUGUUGCAAGUUAAAUAAGAAGCUCAAGUCCAUUACGAUGAUAAGGAAGAAAAUCAUUCAUUUCACCGGCUCUGAUCAGAGAAAACAAGCAAAUGCUGCUUACCUUAUGGGUUGUUACAUGGUUAUAUAUUUGGGGAGGACUCCAGAAGAAGCAUACAGAAUAUUAAUCCUUGGGGAUACAGCCUAUAUUCCUUUCAGAGAUGCUGCCUAUGGAAGUUGCAGUUUCUACAUUACACUUCUCGACUGUUUUUAUGCAAUACAGAAGGCAAUGCAGUAUGGCUUCCUUAACUUCAACUCAUUUAAUCUUGACGAAUAUGAAUACUAUGAAAAAGCAGAAAAUGGAGAUUUCAAUUGGAUAAUACCAGAACGAUUUCUUGCCUUCUGUGGACCUCAUUCAAGAUCCAGACUUGAAAAUGGUUACCACCAACAUUCUCCUGAGACUUAUAUUCCAUAUUUUAAGAGGCACAAUGUUACUACCAUUAUCCGUCUGAAUAAAAAGAUGUACGAUGCCAAGCGCUUUAUGGAUGCCGGUUUUGAUCACCAUGACCUUUUCUUUGCGGAUGGCACCACUCCUACUGAUGACAUUGUCAGUGAGUUUCUGGAUAUUUGUGAAAGUGCCCAGGGUGCCAUUGCAGUACAUUGUAAAGCUGGCCUUGGUCGUACAGGCACACUGAUAUCGUGCUAUAUCAUGAAGCAUUAUAGGAUGACAGCAGCAGAGACCAUUGCAUGGAUGAGAAUCUGUAGACCAGGCUCCGUCAUUGGGCCUCAGCAGCAGUUUUUGGUCAUGAAACAAACGAGCCUCUGGCUAGAAGGUGAAUAUUUUCAUCAAAAGUUGAAAGAGCAAGAGAAUGGACCACAUGGAGCAGCCUUCUCCAAACUUCUGUCGGGCGUUGAUGACAUUUCAUUAAGUGGGGUCGAGAAUCAAGACAAACAAGACAAGCAAGACAAGCAAGAACCUGAGCCGUACAGUGAUGAUGAAGAAAUCAAUGGAGUGACACAAGGCGAUAGACUUCGAGUCCUGAAAAGCAGAAGACAAUCAAAAACAAACGCUAAACCCCUCACAUGUCCCCUAGCUGUGCUGACCUCUGCACUGUGUAGUGUUGUCAUCUGGUGGAUUGUGUGUGACUACAUUCUUCCCAUCCUGCUCUUCUGUCUCGAUGGUUUCAGAGCACAGUAGCCAUCAGGACCUUUGACAGAUAGCUGCUGUUCCAUCCAUUUCAAGGACUAAAACAGUGUUGCGUUAAGUUGCGUUAAGCCAGUGAGACCAGAACUGAAGGAAGAUUAGGAACAGAAAACUUCAACAGGAUUUAGCACAAAACUAAAUUGCAAAAGCCUUAGUUGCUUCCCACCUAAGAAGUUAAUGCUGAAGAGAAUGUCCUUGGAGUUUGUCACUCAAGAGUUUGGGGCGCCAUGGAACGACUUGAAGGGCUUUCCUUCUUUUUUAGAACUGUGUCAAGUUGAACAAGAAGGAUGCUGUUGUCUAUGUAUGUAGUCUCAGGUGUAAAUAUCCCAGCCCUCUGCCAGCCCAGAGGGCUGCCCAGUCCACGCGGUGCAUGUAUUUUCUGUGAUGGCAAUCAUGUUCACUGUUGGCUUUCAGAUGAAGGGUUCUUACAUAAUUUAUUUUUACCCUAUGUCCCCUGUGUGGAGAUUCAUAAAGAUGAAGCCAGCACUGCUAAAGUGGUAUUCUGUGUUACAGGAUGGUAUUGGGUUUAUUCGUCCUUAUUUACUCUCUGUACUACUGUUGUCACAGUCACUCUGUAACGUACCCAAGCUGUUUGUCUUCCACCAAAGAGUGCUUUAUUGACAAGAAUCUGUGAAAAAUCAACCAAGUUGCAUGUUGAAAUGCCAAGUGGUACUUGGAUCACCCCAAAUUUACUAGAGAAUAGUAAUGGAAGCUUUAGAUGACUCUGCAGGAGGAGCUGGUAUGCACCUUUGUUAAUACUUUGUAGAGUCUUUGUAUUGUUACCCCCUUCCAUCCCAGCACCAACCUCCAACCACUCACACAAUCUUUGGUUCUUCCAAAUUUCAGCUGUUCUUAGUAGCAAAUGCAUUGUUGCCUUUGGCUAGGGACUACAACUAUUUGCAGAGUGCCUUCUCCCCUUUCCCUCCUGGGACACAGCAGAGCCUGUGACAUAAAAAUACAAAAAAAAAAAAACCACAAAAAAAAACAAA